CAGCGCUGCUCCAGGGCGCCGAGGCCGGAGGACCCAGUCGACCCGGAGCAGGAUGCCGGUGAUGAGAGGGCUGCUGGCCCCACAAAACACCUUCCUGGACACCAUCGCCACCCGCUUCGAUGGCACCCACAGCAACUUUGUUCUGGGAAACGCCCAGGUGCAGUCGCUCUACCCCAUCGUCUACUGCUCCGACGGUUUCUGCGAGCUCACCGGCUACGCCCGCGCCGAGCUCAUGCAGAAGAGCUGCGCGUGUCACUUCCUGUACGGCCCGGAGACGAGCGACCGGCUGACGGCCCAGAUCCAAGGAGCCCUCGAUGAAAGGAAGGAGUUCAAGACCGAGCUGGUCUUUUACAAGAAGGAAGGUACACAGUUCUGGUGUCUUUUGGACAUCGUACCCAUCAAGAAUGAAAAGGGUGAGGUGGUUCUAUUCCUCGUGUCCCAUAAAGACAUCACUGACAAGAAGAAGGACCAGGAUCCUGAGCAAGGACCUGACACGGAUGAGGAGACGGGUCUGGAGGUGCAUCGGGUAGCUCGCCCUGCCGGCUUCAACGCCAACCGGCGCCGCAGCAGAGCUGUGCUCUAUCACCUGUCAGGACACCUGCAGAAACAAGACAAGAGCAAGCUCAAGAUCAACAAUAACAUGUUCGGGGAGAAGCCUCCAAUCCCGGAGUACAAAGUCGCAGCCAUUCAGAAAUCCCGCUUCAUCCUCCUCCACUACGGAACCUUCAAGGCCGGCUGGGAUUGGCUGAUUCUGUUGGCGACCUUCUACGUGGCCGUCACCGUGCCCUACAAUGUUUGUUUCACAGUGGUGGGGGGGCGGGACGAAGGCAGCAGCAGCGCCCCUCGAAGCCCGCCCAGUGUCAGCGACAUCCUCGUGGAGAUCCUGUUCAUUUUAGACAUUGUGCUGAACUUUCGAACCACUUUUGUGAGCACGUCGGGCCAGGUAGUGUACGACGCCCGCUCCAUCUGCGUUCACUACGUCACCACCUGGCUCUUUGUCGAUCUCAUUGCCGCCCUGCCCUUUGACCUGCUGUAUGCUUUCAACGUCAGCGUGUACUUUGGGGUCCACCUGUUGAAGACGGUCCGGCUGCUCCGGCUACUGCGGCUGCUCCAGAAGCUGGAGCGCUACUCCCAGUACAGCGCUGUGGUCCUGACUCUGCUCAUGUCCAUGUUCGCCCUGCUGGCCCACUGGAUGGCCUGUGUCUGGUACUUCAUCGGUCGCAGGGAGAUCGAAAGUCCUGGCUCCUGGGAUAUAGGUUGGCUCCAUGAGCUGGCCAAGCGUCUGGGUACGCCUUACUUCCUGUCCCCCCUGGCGACGCUGGCCCCCUCCACAGUCAGCAGCCUCCCGGCCAACAGCAGCGGCAGCAGCCAGUGGAACGCGUCGGGCCCGGAGGUCGGGGGGCAGGGCUCCUGGAAUUGCAGCGGGGGCGGGAGUUUCGGGGUGCUGUGCGGCGGCCCGUCGAUGCGCAGCAGCUACGUGACGUCGCUCUACUUCGCCCUGAGCAGUCUGACCAGCGUGGGGUUCGGAAACGUGUCAGCCAACACGGACUCGGAGAAGAUCUUCUCCAUCUGCACCAUGCUCAUCGGAGCACUGAUGCAUGCGGUGGUGUUUGGUAACGUGACGGCCAUCAUCCAGAGGAUGUACUCACGCCGCUCGCUCUACCACACCCGCACCAAGGACCUGAAGGACUUCAUCAGGGUCCAUCGGCUGCCCAAGGCCUUGGAGCAGCGCAUGCUGGAGUGUUUCCAGACCACCUGGUCGGUCAACAACGGGAUAGACGUUAGCGAGCUCCUGAAGGACUUCCCAGAUGAGCUGCGGGCUGACAUCGCCAUGCACCUGAACAAGGAGCUGCUGCAGCUGCCCCUGUUCGAGUCGGCCAGCAGGGGCUGCCUGCGCUCCCUCUCCCUCAUCAUUAAGACCUCCUUCUGCGCUCCAGGCGAGUUCCUCAUCCGGCAGGGAGACGCCCUGCAGGCCAUCUACUUCGUCUGCUCUGGGUCCAUGGAGGUCCUGAAAGACAACACAGUGCUGGCCAUACUGGGUAAAGGAGAUCUGAUUGGCUCCGACUCCCUGACAAAGGAGCAGGUGAUCAAGACCAACGCCAACGUCAAGGCCCUGACAUACUGCGACCUGCAGUAUAUCAGCCUGAAGGGACUCCGCGAGGUCCUCCGACUCUACCCCGAAUACGCCCAGAAGUUCAUCAGCGAGAUACAACACGACCUCACGUACAACCUGCGAGAGGGCCACGGGGCUGAUGCGGACUGGGAGAGUAACGGCGGCCUGGUGAAGAAGCUGCCCUCGAUCCGCGAGGACGAGGAGGGCGACGAGGAGCAGAGCUCGGUGUCCCGCGCCCCUCGCUCCCCGCUGCGUCUCAGCAGGGGGCUCAACUCGCCCCUGCGCUCCCCUCUGCUGCCGCCCCGGCCGUUCCGCGCUCCCUCCGAGCACUCGCGCCCCACCACCCUGCAGAUACCGGUGGUCAGCUUCAGCAGCGCGCCGCCGGAGCUCAGCCCCAGAUUCGUGGACGGCAUCGAAACCGAGAGCAACUCCACCUCAUCGCAGAAGUUUGAGUUCAGCCCCGGCCCGUCGCCCGCGCCACCGCCCUCCCCGUCCCCAGGGAGCCGGGAGCACUCCGAGAUCCGGCACAGCGUGUCGAAGUUGACUGAGGAGAUGAACAGUCUCUCAAAACAAGUCUCCAAGCUCAGUCAGGAGCUGCAGGAAAUGACACGCCUGCUCAAGCCCCUCCUCCAAACAGCACCGCAGCCAAUCCUGAUGUCCACGAUGCCAAAUUUAACCCCGCCUCCUAGCAGUGCCGGCCAGCUGUCCACGAGCGCCCGUCUGGCGGCGCCACACCCCGCCACGCCUUGCUCCCUCGAGAGGCCCGACACUCAUUCCCUGUUGGACAGUGGAGACAUAGAGGGCGUGGAUUUGCCAGGAUGCCUUCUCCCAACUCCUCACUCACCAAAAAGGCCUAAUUCGUCUCCCUCUGCGUCGCCACAGCCCCCGUCCAGAUCCCCAGGGGGCAAAAUCAAGGCCCCCGUAGACUCCGACCUUCCCCCGCCCGAGGAUAGUCUUCCCGAGGGAUCCCCAGCCCUGCGAAGCCUCCGCACUUCCUCCAGUUACGGGAUAUUUUUGCCCUCGCCGCAGGACCAGCCUCCCCUGGCCUCUCACACCCCUUCACCUUCUCUCUCCUUCUCCGUGUCUCUCUCGUCCUCACCAACCCUUUCCCCCUGCCAAGGCCCCCACCCGUCCCGACCUGCCAGCUGUUCCAGCAGAGGCCUGCUCCCCCCGCCUCCCUCCCAGGACACGCCUCCUCCCCCAUCCUCCCACUGCUCAGCUCCCCCAUCGCUCACUUCCUCCCCUGGAGGCCAUCGGCUGAGGCCUUCCCCCUCCGUCCCUCUCGCAUCCCCCGCCCUCUCCCUCCAUCCCUCCACCCUCUCCCUGCCCGUGUCUCUAGACUUUGUUACUGCAAGGAGAAGGCAGGGAGAUACCCAGAGUCCAGCUGGGUGUAGGUCGCAGCUGCGCCACGGGCAGGCCGGACCUUUCACUUAUCGCCAGGAGCUGGAGAUGCAGGAGUGGGGACGACAGGUGGAGGAGGGGAGGUCCUCCACAGAGCACAUCAGCUUCAUCGAUGAAGAGGAGCCAGCGUUAUGAAUGGGUUCAAACUGAGCAAAAGUGAGAGAUGAGAAUAACGUAGCAGAGAAUGAAAGAGUUACAGAAAAAGCGGAACGACAGAGUUCAGAUCAGGGAAAGUGGCAGCAGGAUGAUGGGAAGAGAACCGAUGGGAAACAGACAGCUGCUCCAUUUCACACAGAAAUGCUACAAGGAGAGACAGGUAAACAGAAAGACACCUGCGAGGCCGAGACGCAGUGCCAGCUGUCAGCAAGUCAGUGUGAAGGAGUACUUUUCUACACUGGCGAACCACAGAACUACAACAGCACAAGUUGUCUUACAGUAUCAACACUCGCUCCACGCAGCUACUGGGACUCAGGACCAGAGCACAUCCUUUUAACCGGUUCCAUUGAUCUCUGGAGCCUAAUAUAGCUCUUUCCAGCUGGCUGAACAUACAAUCGUUGCUUUUUAGACUCAGUACGGACGUCUCCUCCUCUACUAAGGGCAGGUACAAACACACAUAUCUCAGCGGGACACACGUCUUUACCCGGGCCAGAUAUCCGAGCCACUGCACUGAGACUGGGAAUGUAAGCCCUUGAUUCAGUCCCGGUCACAUCAGAUCAGGUCACCUCACCCGUUGAGCCAGUUUGCUUCGUCCGCGGGAUUAUCGGGAUGCGGUCGUGUGCCUCUGGGCUGGAGGAGAUAAACCGCCCCUUCAGAGUCAUACCCACGCCCAUCACUCGCACAAGGCGCGAAGACGACGCUCAAACUGGUUUCAACUCCCCAUGUUCUGUCCCCGUAAAAGAGGCUUGACGUGCGCAGUCUAGUCACAUCUGGGCUAGUGGUCGGGUUGUGUGCCAAAGACAAAAGCGAGAUUUAUGGAAGAAGUGCAGAGUCACACCAGUAUCAUCGACAACACCAACAUGUCACUGUUUAUCACCAUCAUGACUGUUUACAACCAGCCUAUCAGAUUGUAUAGCAAACUCCCACAUCACUCCUGAGCUUUAGCCAACCAGCCAUUCGUGCCUUCUCCACAUAAAAGACACAGACUUCCCCAAAGUCCUUCACCUGUUAAUUACAGGCAAGCAUUUGGAUCAAAAUUUAGAAUAGAAAGCCAUCGCCACUUGCACCUUUUAUCUAAAAUUGAACUGAACUCAUUUAUUUAUUGGGGCAUGUAUUUAUUUAUUUUUGUUAAUGAAAGCGAUGAGGAAAUAUACUGCACGUCUGGGAGAUCAAACAGAAACAGGCUGGGGAGGAAGGUUUACUAUUUAAACGCAUUAAAUGCAUAACCUUCCCAAUUCUUAUGUAGCACACACACACACACACACACACACACACACACACACACACACACUGCAUCUUGAACAUGCACGUAAUCGUCAUCUUCAUCCACAACCCCCUUUGCCAUCCACCGAGCUUUAUCUUGGUACGCGACAACAGCCAAACCCCGAAAACUACAGUACCCAGGCUGCAUCCCUGCGGAAGUCUCGGGACUUCUGUGCAUUUAGUUUUUAUUUGUUUUGGUGAGGUGCUUUGUGCACCACGGUACUUGUAAUAUAGACAGUCAGAUUUCUGGUCUCUAUUUUCUGUAAGGGGAGCAGGGGAAGGGACGACCUGGACCGUUUACACACUGAAAGCGAACUCCCAUCGAUGUCU